AUGAUCCGCUACACCAUCGUGAUCAAUUACGACUCGCUGGACGCGUACAACGCGCAUGGCAGCCAGAUGGAGACAUUCGUGAAAGCAGCGUUCGAGCAGAAGGGCGCCACGGAGCACACGCUGUUUAUCUCGACGCGGAGCUUGCCGCCUAUUCAUACCACGUCAUUUGUGGCCCCUGAUACGGUGACCCUGGAUGAGCUCAAGACAGUGCGACGUGUGUUUCCUGAGGGAGUCAAUGUGGAGAUCCAUCAGGAGGCUUGA